AUGGACAAGACUCGGCCGGACGCUCCACCAACAGAGCUCACGGAGGACGAGAUCAGGACCCUGAGCGUUCGCUUUCGGUAUCAGAAUCCGAUCUGUGCAUGCGAGGAUGCAUGCGAGGAUGCAUGCGAGGAUGCAUGCGAGGAUGCAUGCGAGGAUCACAACAGAGUAGUGAAAUUCGCCAACUCGACUACGGGUUUCCACAGCCGCGCAUCGUCUGAUGCCGUCUCCGCAGCUUAUGCGAGCGGACCAUAUGCUGGAGGCCGUCGUGUACGACGACUUAUCCGCCGAAUACAGAACGGCUCUAAAAUCGCCGAUAUUAUCAGAACCAGGACGGAGAAGGCUAAACCUGGGUCCAUUACAGGAGAUUUCAAGAAUGAAGGCGGCGUGAUCAGCGCAGAGCUAGGAAAGCCUGCUCCGGUUCUUGAACUCAAGCUCGCUCUGAAGAAUGCGGAGACCCACAUCACUAGCUUCGGCAGCGCGUGCGCUGGGGGGGCAAAGUCCGUUGUUUGGCAUUCUUUUGAAGAUCAGCUGAAGGCGCAAUUACAGAGGGUAAUCCAAGACAAGGCGAUGGAGAACAAGGGGGCGAUGGAAAACUAUUGCGAUUACAUUAUGACGAAGGAGAGCGGUGAACUGAAGAAGCUCGUCAAUGCAAACCUCGACCCUACGAAAUUGAUUGAGAAGAUAUUCGAGGAGCAUCCAUGCAAAUCGAUGAUUUCUCCCUUCAAUCUCGAAGGCCGGAGGGAACGAUUCAGCGAUACGUACGACAAGCUGGUCGAUGCGUACGCGCUGGUGCAACUCGCAAAGAUGGACGCAAUGCUGACGCGUGGCCAUCUUGCUCCUCUUUGUAACCCCUCCGCUGGGCGCACUGCUGCUUAUUAUCAGUAUCGUCACGUCCCAUCCUGGAUUCGCCUUGAUGUUCGGUUUUGUUGGCGCCGGUGCAGUCGCGAAACUGGCGGUUCAAGGGACGGGUUAGGGUAA